AUGUAUUUCUUUGUCAGCAAUCUCUCAUUCUUGGACAUGAGUUCCACCACUGUAAACAUCCCCAAGAUGCUUGCCAAGUUCUCAAUGAACAAUGAAGUUAUCUCUUUUGUGGGGUGCUUCCUCCAAAUGUAUUUCUUUAUUGUUUGUCAAGCAGUUGAGUGUUUUCUUCUGGCUGCGAUGGCCUAUGAUCGCUAUGUGGCCAUCUGUUCUCCACUCCAUUACCAUAACAUCAUGGUCAGACAUGUAUAUAUCAUCCUAGCUAUGGCAUCAUGGAUACUAGGCUUAGUAUUUCCAAUUGCAAUGAUCACGCUGGCUUUUAGGUUGCCUUUCUGUGGCCCAAACAUUAUUCACCAUUAUUACUGUGAUCACCCACCAUUGCUUCAGUUAGCUUGUGCUGACACCUCACUCAAUGUGGCAGUAGGUUCCACUCUUAGUGCCAUUGUAAUUGCAUUAUGUUUUUCUCUAAUUGUGACAUCCUAUGUUCAAAUAAUCAGGUCUGUGCUCAAGAUAGCAUCAUCCAAAGGGCGUAAGAAAGCAUUUUCCACCUGUGCUUCCCAUUUCGUGGUGGUGAACAUGUACUUUCUGCCAUCAAUCUUCAUGUAUGUUCGGCCAACUGCUUCUUACUCAGCUGAUAUUGACUCUCUGGUGGCUAUGUUCUACACAGUAUUACCGCCAAUGCUAAACCCAAUUGUGUAUAGUUUACGGAAUAAAGAUAUUAAGGAUUCUUUCAGAAAACAAAUAUGUUGCACCUAG